ACCUAUUAUUUUCUCUUGCACCCAUUAUUUUUGCUUGCUAGCUCCUAUUACUAAUAUCUGAAACCUUUCCUUGCAGUUCCAGUGGAAAGGACAGUACUACCACCACCUCCAACAUACCAGACCUUGCUGCUGGUCUUGCAGUACUCAGCGCCUUCAUUGUUUUUGUAUCCGUGGUCAUCCUCAUUGUCCACCUCAAGCUCAGGAGUCUUCGACACUGAUGUGCUGAACCCAUUGGGCUAGCUAGACUCACGAUGAAUGACACAGCACAGGAACCACCAUCCAUGCCUCUGCCCAGGCCAGUGGGAUCACCUCCUUCGGCGAUAAUCAACAUGGCCCCAGAUGAAGAAGCCAAAUACGCCUUUCCUAUGGGCCCGGACCAGAAUGGGGACUUUGGGGUUGAGGACAUUGACUGGUACAUCCACCCUCUUUAUACCUAUACCGAUAUCCUGCUUACCCAUGUUCUGACAUUUUCUAGGUCCAUGAGUUCAAAUACGAGUACAGGCUUCCAAGAAUUAUGCCGGCAAUUCCAUCUCCCCCACUAUGGCUCCAAAGCUGAGCGACGGGAGCGACUCAUCCACUUCAGCAAAGGUGGAAUGGAGAAAUGGAGAUCUAGCUUGCUUCUCCCAGCGCGGAUUUCUCACAAAGGCGUUCGAAGUGGUGGUAUCACGAAACCAUCGAAUACCUCUCCAGUGGGAUUUUCCAUUCAACACUCGAAGGACACUCAGACUCAGGCUGAGAUUGACGGGAUCAUACCAUGGUGUCAUCGUGUGCUGGUGAAGAUUGCCAAUGCUCUGCUGCAAGUCCCAUGCCACACCCAUCUGCCCAAGCGGAGGGUAAACAACAUGCCUUAUAGAAAACCCUCAGACUCAGAUCUGCUCAACAACCGGCUCUUUGCCAAGCAUGUUGCUGCCAUUGUCGAGGCCCAGCUGGCUGCCCGUGCAUCAUCGACUGACAUUACUAUGGCCUCAUUUUCUCCAUGUCCCUCAGUUGACUUUGACACCACUAGCCUGGGGCUUACAGCUCAUUCUGUCAACAUUGUUGAUGAUGUGGAUCGGCCUGAUUCGCCCACCAUACCAUUCAAAGAUCUUACCCUUGAGUCAGCUGCUCUGCCCUCCAUGUCUCUGCCUCUCCAGGUGAUGGCCUGUCCACCUCUGACUGAACCCCUUGGCACUGCAGCUUCUGAUGCCACGUCCAGCAGCUCCAAAUUAUGUGUUUUACUGUUUGCUGAUGAUAUCCAAAAGCUUAUUGCCAGCUGGGAUGAUGGCAGCCUCGAGUGGAAUCCUCCUAGUGAUCACCCGAUAGUGAUCCAUGGGCAUGACAUUCCUGUCAGACUCUGGAAGGAAUUGUACUGUUACAACAGGACAACAGGGGAUGAAUGGAAACAACUGAAGAAUGAGUGGACUAAUUGGCAGUAUUUCAUGAAGGCCUAUCAGGCUCUCACACCAGACAUGUUCUGGGCUAAGUACUCAGAUACUCGUGGUCAAAGGCUCUCAUAUUCUCGAAUCUCUACUCUCCUUCUUGCUGACUGAAAGCAGGCUGAUAAAGAAUUAGCCACAAAAGCAAAGGCUGAGUAUGGUGACAGGUUCGAACAUGAGUUUCGCCACAUAAAGAAGAAGGAGAAGGUUUGGGUUGUUAUGAAAAAAGAUUGUGAUAUUGCACGUCAUUACAGGAAGAAGAUGGC